AUGAAUAGGCACAAAUAUGAAUUAGAUUUUGGCGAGGCCCUACGCGCAUCUUUCUUGACAAAGCUUGGUGGUCUCACAAUUGCAAACUUUCUAAAUUCUGACAGCUAUGAAUUGGCCGUCAAACAGAAUAAAUCAGUCCGAGAGAUUGAAGAAAUUAAGUCUAAAAUCUGUGAUGCGUGCGGCAUUGUUAGAUUGUUCGCCUCGGCAGGAUCAGGGUUAAGGCCGGAGUCUAGUUUGUUUAUUCCCAACUUUAAGCACCUAAAGACUAUGUCACCAUUUGAUCUGGUCUUGGCAAACGUUAUACGAGAGCAGCACAUAACUGAGAUUGCAGGGGAAUCUGGCACGGGUAAGACGCGCAUACUGCUGUACGUCAUCUCCGUGGUGCUCUUGACGACGGAGCAUUACAUAGCCUUAAUAGUAACAUCGGUAGAAGACGUCCUCAGCACCCUCGUUGAUCUCCUGACCUAUCUUUCCCCCUUUCUCACUGACACUCAAGUGAAUACAACGAUGGUUCUGAAGAGACUGUACUUCUUGCGUGAACUAUCCCCUACUGGCCUUGUAAAGCUCUUUGAAUCAUCGGGCCAAGUCUGGGAGUUGUGCAGACAGUGUCCUGCAUUGAAGCUUAUCUGCGUAGACAGUAUUGGCUUCCUGCGCAUUCUCUACACUAAGCCAAACUCCAGUGAGUCUCAGCUCAAUAAUCCGGGGUAUGAGAUGGGACAGGCUUUGCUCAACAUUGCGUGUUUGAAGAACCUCGCCGUGCUGUUGACUAAUCACGUGGGAGAUUACAUUGCAACUCCUCAAUUAGCCUCAUCUGCACAGCAGCAUUCUAGAAGACAUCAGUUCCCGGGGCAAUCUAUUCCCAAUGCUCUUCCCCGGCUUCCUACUAACACUCUUCCAACUGAUCAGCUCUAUGUCUAUACGCCAGUAAUCCCGGGUGUCAGUGAUUGUGGAGAAGAUAGAGUUAGCAAUCAGCUACUAAUCCAUGGUGACCCUAACGAUUCUCAGUCCACUCUCAUUUCGGAGUCUAUGGUGGUACCGUUCACUUCUCUACUCUUCCCAGAAACCGUGCAAAUAUCUUACAAAAGUGACCGCACGUUUUCACGCGACGUGGUAAUGUCCUCUAAUAGACUGGUUACACCCAGCCUGGGGAUCAGCUGGGGCUCUCACGUUUCUACCAGGAUCGUCUUGGCCUUGACCCAGAAGGAGACAAUCUUGCAUCUUCUAUGGAGCGAAUUUCUCUCUGCAUGUUCUCUUGUAAUACCGCGCAUACCAGAUGGGUUGAUCACUCACUCUCAUUAA